CCCAUCACAACUUACAAAAAACAAAAGAACUUACUUAUAUUUUAUAGCUUAGGGGUUUUCAAGAAACCAUGGCCUUAUCACUUCAGAUUACAAAGCUUGUGAUUACUUUGCUGAUGAUCUUAGGGACGUGGGUCUCUCAAGCCAUGCCCCGACCAUUACUGAAUGCAGAAGCCAUUGCUGAAAAGCAUGAGCAAUGGAUGGCUCGUCAUGGACGAACUUACCAUGACAAUGCGGAAAAAGAAAGGCGGUUUCAGAUAUUCAAGAACAACUUGGACUACAUUGAAAAUUUCAACAAGGCAUUCAACAAGACCUACAAGUUAGGUCUCAAUAAAUUUUCAGACUUAUCCGAAGAAGAAUUUGUUACUACUUACAACGGAUACGAGAUGCCUACCACACUCCCAACGGCAAACACAACUGUAAAACCAACAUUUUUCAGUAAUUAUUAUAACCAAGAUGAAGUUCCAGAGAGCAUAGACUGGAGGGAAAAUGGUGUGGUUACCUCCGUUAAGAACCAAGGUGAAUGUGGAUGUUGCUGGGCAUUUUCAGCGGUGGCAGCAGUGGAAGGGAUUGCAGGUAAUGGUGCCUCGCUCUCGGCACAGCAGUUAUUGGACUGUGUCGGAGAUAACAGCGGCUGUGGCGGCGGUACAAUGAUUAAAGCUUUCGAAUAUAUAGUACAAAAUCAAGGCAUAGUCUCAGAUACAGAUUACCCAUAUGAACAAACGCAAGAAAUGUGUAGAUCCGGUAGCAAUGUUGCAGCCCGAAUUACUGGUUAUGAAAGCGUAAUCCAGAGUGAGGAAGCCUUAAAAAGGGCAGUGGCAAAGCAGCCUAUAUCAGUCGCCAUUGAUGCUUCUUCUGGACCUAACUUCAAGAGUUACAUAAGCGGAGUGUUCUCGGCAGAAGAUUGUGGGACUCAUCUUACGCAUGCUGUCACUUUAGUUGGAUAUGGAACGACCGAGGAUGGUACUAAGUAUUGGCUGGUCAAGAAUUCAUGGGGCGAGGAGUGGGGGGAAAGUGGGUACAUGAGGCUGCAAAGAGAGGUUGGUGCCAUGGAAGGUCCCUGUGGCAUUGCUAUGCAAGCUUCUUAUCCUACCCUUGAUUAAUUUAUUCAGUGCCUCCUGAACAAAUAGUUUGUUUUCUGUUAUUAUAUACGGUGAAGGAGAUGACUCUGUGCCUUUAGUCAUCAUACCACUAUUUCAAUGUACUUGCUAUUCAUGUUAUGCUACUGUUCUAGUAUUUUCGAUA